AUGCUGCACCUAGCUGUUUUCUUCCUUCCAACUGCCCUUGUUUCUUGCCGCAACCAACCGUUUUCUUCCUUCCAACAUCCGCUCUCUCCCUCCCCCGCCUGCUCCACCAUCCUGCAGAAUCUCCUGGCCUUUGUGCCGCCUCUAGGCGGCUCUCACAGCAGCAUGGCGGCCAAAUGGGCCAAGUUCCAGAUGCCCUCUCUCAGUGACGCUGAUGACCUCCCAGAUCGUGGCUUCGGACUGGUCCGUGGUGGCGGCACCUGGGAAUUCUUAACGUCUCUAAAAUCGUCUUCUGACCCCCCUGGCCCCUCGGUCCUCUCCUCAUCUGCAGAUGGCGUGGUGAUUCAGAUCGUGGCUACGGACUGGUCAGUGCUGGCAGCACCUGAGGGCGAUUGGAGCCAACCGCUGGGAUUGGAGAAGGCGGGAGGGCAGGAGGGCAGCCGGGUGGGAGACGUGCUCACCGUUGUUUUCGUCUAG